AUGGUCUCUGAUGAGGGAAUCUGCUUUUUCUUUCAGUCUCCAUGUUCCUUUGAGAAGCCUUUUGAAUGCUUAGAGUGUGGGAAGAGGUUCAGUCACAGAAGCACUCUUCACCACCAUCAAAAUAUCCAUACAGGGGAGAAGCCUUUUGAAUGCUCAGAGUGUGGGAAGAGUUUCAGUCACAGUAGCAAUCUUCAAAAACAUCUAAGAACCCACACAGGGGAGAAGCCUUUUGAAUGCUCAGAGUGUGGAAAGAGGUUCAGUGACAGAAGUACUCUUCAGCGUCAUCAGAGAAUCCAUACAGGGAAGAAGCCUUUUGAAUGCUCAGAAUGUGGGAAGAGAUUCAUUCGGAGUGGCCAUCUUCAAAGUCAUCUCCGAGCCCACACAGGGGAGAAGCCUUUUGAAUGCUCAGAGUGUGGGAAGAGAUUCAGUCAGAGUGGCCAUCUUCGACAGCAUCAAAGAACCCACACAGGGGAGAAGUCUUUUGAAUGCUCAGAGUGUGGGAAGAGGUUCAGUGACAAGAGCACUCUUCACCACCAUCAAAGUAUCCAUACAGGGGAGAAGCCUUUUGAAUGUUCAGAGUGUGGGAAGAGAUUCAGCCACAGUAGCAGUCUUCAAAAACAUCUAAGAACCCACACAGGGGAGAAGCCUUUUGAAUGCUCAGAGUGCGGGAAGAGAUUCAGUCAGAAUGGCAGUCUUCAACUGCAUCAAAGAACCCACACAGGGGAGAAGCCUUUUGAAUGCUCAGAGUGUGGGAAGAGAUUCAGUCACAGAAGCACUCUUCACCACCAUCAAAGUAUCCAUACAGGGGAGAAGCCUUUUGAAUGCUCAGAGUGUGGGAAAAGAUUCAGUCACAAUAGCAGUCUUCAGAAACAUCUAAGAAUCCAUAGAGGGGAUAAGGCCUUUGAAUGCUCAGAGUGUGGAAAGAAACUUAGGGACAAUAGCAGUCUUCAAAAACAUCAAAGAAUCCAUACAGGGGAGAAGCCUUUUGAAUGCUCAGAGUGUGGGAAGGGAUUCAGUCAGAGUGGCAGUCUUCAACUGCAUCAAAGAACCCACACAGGGGAGAAGCCUUUUGAAUGCUCAGAGUGUGGGAAGAGAUUCAGUCAGAGUGGCAGUCUUCAAAAACAUCAAAGAACCCACACAGGAGAGAAGCCUUUUGAAUGCUCAGAGUGUGGGAAGAGAUUCAGUCGGAGUGGCAGUCUUCAGAUGCAUCAAGGAACCCACACAGGGUAGAAGCCUUUUGAAUGCUCAG